AUGCUCUACACAAUCUUCCUCUUUCAACUCUUCUGGGAGCUGUUGACACAAAUCGUCGGAUUUGUUGACUUCUGUCUCACCCUCUUCUUGGUUGCAUUCGUAGCCACUUGCCUUUCGAUCGCCUGCAAGAAAUGCACCGGCAAGAACUUGUUUGAGGUUGUGUGCCUCGCCAUCUCCUUCAUCAGGGACCGAUGCUGCGCUGGUCGCGUGUCGGUCGCCUGUCAGACACCCUUUGGUGGUUACCGGUCGGUAGCCACCCAAACCGACUACUACAACGACGAAUUCCUCUACUACAAACCCCGCCGUGGCCGCAUGCGAAAUCUUCCUGGCCUCCCGGGCCUCUUCAAAGACCUUCCGUUGCCGGAGGAGGGUGGUUCUGUGUUUGAGGACUGGCGCAUUGCCCAUCGCCUCGCCGCUCGAGUUGCUGCAGUGCAGGACGCCCAGCCGAUUGGCGUGACUCCUGGCUCUGUUUCGGUGGGCUCUGGUCUCAGAAAACGAGACAUGAGCUCAUUCGAAGAGCAAUCGGGUGACGAGGACUGCGAUGUGGUGGUGCGCCCCGGCCGAAAGAUUCUGGCGCCUCGCAUUCAUGGGGCGGGGACCGUCAAAUGUCCCGUCGCUCCUGAGAGUGUGGCCUUGGGGGGUGUCGUCCUCGGUGACAAUGAGGAUGGCACCAAAACAGACAUGGACGAUGACGAGGAGGAUGACCUGGAGAUCAUCACCGACGACAUCGUUUCUUCUUCGGCACCCGAUGUCGAAGACCAACAACAAAGUCCUCGAGUUGAGGCAGAAAGUCCACGAGUUGUGGCAUCAGAAAGUCCACGAGUUGUGGCACCGGAAAGUCCUCGAGUUGAGGCAGACAUGGGGGAGGGGGAGGGGGAGGAGGUUGGGCCAGCAGAGCCAUUGGUGUUGGAGGAGGAUGGCAUGGAGUUUGCGCCAGCGGGCUUUGGGGAGGCCGUGCUGGAGGAGGACGACGACAUGGAGUUUGCCCCGGCUGGCUUUGGGGAGGACUGA